AUGAGUACCUCCAACAAGAGCAAGCGUCGCCAGAAGUCCAAGAAAGUCUCAAAGUCCGCGAAAAACGGUGAUUCCAGACAGGAUUUGCUUAAAGUUGUUGAUCAGAUUAAAGCCAAGAGAAACAAUCAAAACCCCAAACCGAAGUCCCCGGGUGAUGAGAACACAGCUCAAACGAAUACCGUGAAAUCCCAGGUAAAUUUUGAGCAGUUUAAGAAAGUUUUCGCCAAGUUUCAGCCUCUGGAAGCAAAUGGAGGGUCCAACACUGAGCAGGUAAGAACUCACUCUCGCAGGGGCAAAAUCUUCGAGCAGGAUGGUAACUAUUCUGGCAAGAGUAGCUUGGUAAAUGCAGAGGAACAAUUUGAGUCUCUAGAAGAAAGCCCACAACUAUCAAAACGCAAAAAACGCCAGCUCAGCAAAGUAUCUCUUGCAGAGCUGAAGUCCAUUGUGAUAUACCCGGAGCUGGUGCAAUGGUACGAUUGUGACGCUCCAGAUCCAGUAACGCUCGCCAAAAUAAAAUGCUCCAAAAAUGUGGUACAGGUACCGAAUCAUUGGCAAUUGAAGAGAGAGUACCUGUCAGGAAGAUCAGUGGUUGCUAAGAAGCCAUUCGAAUUGCCCGAUAUCAUACGUCAGACCAACAUAGAAGAGAUGCGCAAUACGCUCCCUACGCAGGACUCGAAUGACGAAAAAUCACUUAAAGAGAACGCUAGAGCACGGAUACGUCCUAAACUGGGCAGUUUAGAUCUCGACUAUCGCAAACUUCACGAUGCGUUUUUCAAGCUAGGACGACACUGGAAGCCAGAUCAUAUGCUAAAAUUUGGUGAUAUGUUUUACGAGAACCGAAAUCUUGAGGAGGAGCGGAAGUGGGCACAAAUGGAAAGAAAGCUGCGACCGGGCAAAUUGAGUAGAGAACUGCGUCAGGCUAUGGGGUUGCCAGAAGGUAAGCUCCCCCCUUGGUGUUCCAAGUUCACCGAGGUUGGGAUGCCACCUUCAUACCCCGACUACAAAGUAGCCGGUGUAAACUGGGAUAUCUCAAACCUACACGACGACAUCUACGGAACUUUAGGGCCACUAAAAGACGCUAAACAUGAUACCCCACUAUUUGGCCAAAUGAUUCAGCUCGACGAUGCUAGUGAAGACGCUCAAGACUACGAGAAACCUCAUGAUAAUGAGCAGGAGCCCACGGCGAAAAUUGGCGAAGAGCCUGCGCAGCAUAAGGACCGCAUUGAAAUAGACCAAAAAUUAGAAGACGAAAUUCGUGCGAAAACCAUGAAAGAGGUUCUCAAGCGGAGAGCUCAAGAAAAAGCAUUACACGGAGGUCAGGAAGGACCAAAAACACUCUAUUCUGUUAUACGUCAGAAGGAGAACGCUGGAGACUCUGAACUCACGGGGAGCAAUAUUACAUACGAUUUGAACGGAUUGAAGCAGAAAAAUGGCUCUACUGAAAAACAAAAGCGAGCCUUUCCGCGAGAACCACAACGUUCGACAGAUCAACAUUCAAAUGGUGACAGAGAUGAGCAAAAUUUCAAGUUUUAG